AUGAACGUAGCACAUCAGGACGACUACCGUAACAUCGUUCGCCUAUUCCGAGAGGAAGAAGUGCUCCAUCACACUUUUCCUCUCCCUUCGGAACGGAACAUCCAUGCGGUGGUUCGAGGAGUUCCCGUCAACUUUUCGGAUACUGAAAUUAAGGGAGAACUGGAGCAGAGGGGAUAUAGCCCUCAUCACAUCAUUCGAUUGAAGCGCAGCUGCGGCGCGCCCAUGCCUUUGGUGGUCGUGAUACUGCCCAAGAUUGAAAAGUCUCAGCAAGUGUUCAACGAACACGAACUGCUGGGACUGGCCAUUCAAGUUGAGGUUCAGAAAAACUCCAGACUCAUUGGGCAGUGUCACCGCUGCCAAAAAACGAAAUAUUCAUACGGUAGUCAGAGGCAUCCCGCAAUGUUUUCGGAACAGGAGAUCAAAGAGGAAUUAGAACAGAGAGGAUAUACUCCUCUCCACAUUAUCCGACUCAAACGCAGUGGUGGCGCACCCAUGCCUUUGGUGGUCGUGAUACUGUCCAAGAUUGAAAAGUCCCAGCAGCUGUUCAAUGAACAUGAGCUGCUGGGUCUAACAAUCAUAGUUGAAGUUCAAAAGAACUCUAGACUUAUUGGCCAGUGUCACCGCUGCCAAAGGUAUGGUCAUGCGCAGUCUUACUGCACAGCACCUAACAAAUGUUUAAAAUGUGCUUCCGACCACAUGACACAUUUAUGCCCCCUCACAGGACAAGAAGAGCGAAAGUGUGCGAACUGUGGAGGGGCGCAUCCCGCUAACAGUCCUACUAACAGAUUCACCCCCAGGCGAAAUCUGGAAGUCAUAGCACAAAGACGCAGCAAGUCGUACACGGAAGCAGCCGUCGCAACAUCUUCGGCUGCCCCCUCUAUUCAACCCACUUUGAACACGCAGAAUGUGGACCUAGCAGCUGUGCUUAGGUCGAUUCAAUAA